GCUUGAAAAGGAUGGGAUAAAAUGAUGACAGGAAAUUACAUGAGAUGCAGGAUCGUCAACAGGAGACCGGCAAACCCACCCAAAGCUGGUAUGUCGAUAGAAGCAGCCCCAGCUGAGGAUGUGGACGAAGCAGAAGAAGAAGCCGACGAACGAACAGAUGAUGAGCCCGCAGUCGAAGAGGCCGAAAUCCUGCUGAUUGAUGAACCCGAGGAACCACCUGAUGACGUUGACGAGGAGUUGAAGCUGGAUCCAGAAGCAGUCACAUUGCCACUUCCACUUCCAGCAGCAAACACCGAGCUCGUACUCGUGCUCGUAAUGACAACAACCACCGAUGUCAUGGGCAUGUUCGUAGCCACAGAUAUGGAGUAGCCGAGUUGACUGCUGAUUGCGAUGGCCUGGCUUGAUAGUCCAGCGUAAGCCUGCGACGAAUAUGCUGAAUAUUGGCUCUGCAUUUGGGUCUUGUAGAUGCCGGUCGCGGUUUCGGCGACUGAAGAAAUGGAGUCCAGGGCUACGGAGAUGAGAGAAGAUUGUGCUGCAAGGUUCAUGGAUGCUUGUG